UCACAAGAAGUCUUCAAAAAAGGAAAAAUGGUGUUAGGAAGUGUCGAUAUCGCGCUCCCCUGGGAUGCCUUGAGCGGGUUUGGGACUGGUCGUUGGUCUGGCGGAACCGACCACGAUCUAGUUGGCAGCAUUACGGCUUCACAUUUACUUACUAGAAAGUCCAUCUCCAUCUGGACGAGCAUUAAUUACAGUAACUGGUUGUACCCAUCAUGAACAUGAUAGUUCUUUGACUCAUCUUUUCUUCUAUUGCCAUUCCUUUCAUCCACCAAGUUGUAUGGUUGGGGAGAUGAUGUUUGCGUGUAAGGAUUGGACGGGAUGGCCAAUGAUGGAAAAAAGGAAAAAAACGCCGAAUCGUAAAUUGUAGUGCAGAGGCAUAUGAGAUCUUGUUGUGUCUAUCCUGUGGAAGGCUCAAAAAUAUAAUUGCCCAGCAUGGUAAGCCUUAGAGUCUAACAGUUGAAGUUCAUAUUGUGGCGCAACGUCUCCACCUUCCGCUCCGUUCAACACUUCUUUCUACGUCGACACCUCGUCACAGCAUCAUACUGUUCUCCUUGCUGCGAGAAAUGAUUUCUCAAGUAGUUUUGCACAGACAGGACGAAACCUACUGCCGAUUGGCGCAAUUGGAAAUCACUCACGAGCAUUAAGGUUUGUAGCAGUUGUUCAUACAGUUGUACAGUUGUUAUAAUUUGUAUGUGUACUACGACGAAUUCUGUCGAAUUCCUCUCAUCGAGUAUUAUUGUCCCGGAUCUUCAAAAGUGCCUUCCCCCAACACAUCUUCUAACAUGAGACGAGAGCGCAUUUCUCUCGACGCCGUCCUCGUCCUCUAGCACCCAUUUGCCUGCAAGAGCCCACGGCUACGGAGCGCGAAACGCACCUUAGGGAACAGCUUGGUGAUCCAUUUCGACACAUUUAGUGAAUAGCUAAAAGCAUUGCAAUUUUUUUUUAUUUAUAUUUAUGCAAAUUUUGAUAAAAGUGACUAUUGAUGCAAAUACUUACAUCGAUCUGAGUCGUAUCUAUGUAAUUAAACUCCUCCCAUAAUAGGAUGUUACUGCCUCCCCCUUAUUUUUCUCUUAGAGGUGUGUUGCAAAUCUUGAGUGGCUCUCACCUUUAGGUGAAGGCUUAGGUCCAGCGACGCUCAAAGCACUAAGUAAAGCAGCCGGUUCGUUUUCACCUCUACAAUCUUACACUUAUCCCAUGCAGCAAUAUAUUUAUACGGAUCUCUGUGUUUCUACGUUCUUUGUAGCCCUUCGUCUAUCGUACCUUGUACUUCCAUGUUUUGACGGGUAGUCUAUCUUCUUAAGAAAAUAAUCGAUACCGAGGCCCUCGAGAUCUACUUUCAAUUUUGUCAUUGUAAUCAUAGUGUCAAACGUAUUCAUCUAAGUAUUUCUUAUAUGCGUAACUAGAGGAAAGGAAGCAGACUAGGAGACGCUCCGACUGUUGCACCUUGACCUAGUUCUAGAUGAGAAUCUAGCCUGAAGAUCUUCUGCUCUAAGUGCGAAAACGAUGCGUGACCCAAUUCGCCCAGGCCCAGAAGCAGCACUUGACCGCUCAAGGAGCCAUGCCCGGUGAGGGGGAGAAAAUAGUAUCAUCGGAAUUUAAGGCCGUGGCCAAUUUGUCCUCAGAAGCAUCUUAGAUUGCCUUUUGAAUAACGCCGAAAAGGGUCUAAGAAGCAAUAGUUCAGCAGGACGAAUUUCGGCAGCGUCUAAGAAAAGCGUGAAGGAUGAGAAGCCAGUGCCUUUUCGUUGUUGCUUAAGGAACACCUCUAGUUUCGUUGUGGUUGUUUCUAUAAUAUCACAUUAACAACUACUGCUCUGCUGCCUUUUUUAACAGUACUCGGAAGCUUCCGAUGUUACAUAUCCGAUCAUGAACCAAGUAGUGAGGGGGAUUCUUCUACUAAUUAACUUCGGUGUAGUCCUCAACCUCACUCUCCUCAUCAUCACCAUCGUCAUCAGCAUCAUUAUCGUCGUCAUAUAUGAGAGGGCUCACUCAGCAUUGUUUGUCAUUUAUACGUAUUGAGGUGCGUCAAACAUUGAAAGAACUAUGUUGUAUCCGGUUCAGGAGCGAGAGAAGAGUAGACUUUGACAGCGGUGGUGUCUAAUAUGCAGGGAGGACGGGCGGGGCGGAGUAAAAGGCCUAAAGAUCAAAGAAGUUAUGCCUGUCGGAAAUGAGAUGAUCUUGAUUAAUGCAUGCUGAUUCUUGUUGAAACCAAUUUUGAGUAACAAAUUGAAUGUUUGUGGAAUUGGCGAGGUGCUGCGUAAGCAUAAUUUCUUUCUUCGUCUUCUGCUCGAAGAGUUUGAGUCCGACCGUCCGACCGUGCUAAUCGUAGUAUUACCAUGUACUUAUUGUGCAUUAAGGAAGAAUUUAGAGAAAGCCCAGUUCUAUCUUCGAUUUAUUUACUCAGAUUGAUAGGAGCUGAUUUCCCCACGCACGAACUAGAUUGGGCAGGUAAUUUUUCUCUAAUAAAGACCUGCGCAUACCCUGUAGUCUUGUCGAGAAAGCAAGCUAUCAGGAAGCCGUCAAAGUGUGCAAAAAUAAUAACGCCGUCUUAAGGCGUACAGCAUUGCAUCCGCCACGACAUGUCUGCUCGAUGCUAUUCCUGAAGGUAACACGUAGAGGAGGCAGACAAGUCGAGGGGGACUGCGGUGCUGUGAUUUUCGCUUCUAAUGAAAAUUUGCGACGGAAAGGCGCUGGCCCAAGACGCAGCGCAAGGGACGGGCUGUGGUUUUGACGGGAAAGCCGUGCGGACGUCGCAUACGUGCCGUACUCAAAAUGAUUGAUAUUUUUGUGUUGAGUGUUGGAUCUUCAUCUUCACAGUUUGGGUUUGCAUGAGUCUUCAUUUUCGGAUAUAAUUUGCAUGAAAAUGCUGAUCGUUACUUACACAUUGACUAUAAUAGGCACUAACGUUACUUUGAAAUUGAAUGUGUGAAAAAAUGCCUUUUGCAUUCUCAUUGGUGUUGAAUGAUAGUAAGAAUAAAGGAAGACAAAUUACACAAAACAGCAAAGAAUAAUCAAAGACCGCAUGAUGAAACAAAAACCUACCUAGUUCCAUCCCAAGUGGGAACGAAGAUGGAUGGAUUUUCGACGGUGACGGCCGAAGGAGUCGUGAAGUGUAUGAAGCCGUCCAAGAAGGCUGCCGUCCGGUGUUGUGGGAAAGACGUUAGGGCUUCAGUCAUUUAAGUUUUUAUCAAAAUCGAUGAUGUAGAUACAUAAUCGAGAAAUGAUGUCAAAUCUUACAUAUUUUAUAUGGCGCCACUUUCUGGUCGUGGAUUUCUGGGGCUGUCGAUUUGUCUUAUUUUCUCACCCCUUGACCCCGGGCCGUUAUAUAUAAAUAGAUAGCGCCCCGGAAUGACGACAACAGAACUUCGCAGGCCUCCGAAGUUUGGCAAUUGCUAGGGCCUGUCUUUGGUAUUUGGCAGCGUCUUGGCUCGAGGGCUUGCUUUCGUCUAGGAAACGAGGCGAUUCACUGCCUUCCAUUCGAGAGAUUUGCUCCGCACUUGUCCGGGAAUCCGUCCCGAGUGUGUUGCUACACCAGCCAAGGCGGCGCGCUUUCAUUUUCUCACCGGCCACGGCCUGGGGGUUUUUCUGGCAACAACAUGGCGAGGCCUUUCCCAUGGUGAGGCCGAAAAUUAAGGCAGAGGGGGCCUGGGCAUGCAUAAGGGGGCCGAGAGUGAGACGCAGGCGCCCCCCUCUUUGCUAGCUAGGUUUGGCCACGCUGGUGCCCAUUCACUCGGCCGACAUCGCUUAAUUAAAUCAGCGCUGGCGCAGUGUAUCGCGUUCGCGUUCGUCGGGUUGUAGUUUCUAUCGGGUUCUUGUGGGUUUGCUUUGAGUCAAAGGAAGUAGCUGGCGCUAGCUUGCGCGCCCACAGUGCUAGCGCAUCGGAAGAAGAACCGACAUGGAGGAAGCUGGUGGCGGUGGGGCUGAACAUCGCCCAAGCCGAUAGAAUUGGCGUUGCUUGUCUCUGGGUGGGUGGAGCGGCUUCGCGUGUUUCUUUUCCCGGCUGGCCUCUUGUCUGUUAGUGUGUUGCUGUUAGCUUGUUGCCGGGGGGUUGCGGUGGCCCCCUCUGGAAGUGCUUAGAUCUUAGCAAGACGCUGAACUGACGGCGGGGGCACAAUCGUUUCCAACCCCCGGGGAGCGGAAGGAGCGCCAGCCUUGGGUUGCUUUGUGGGUUCUUUUGCUAGUAUGAAGCUUCGAGAUUGAUAGCGCUGCGCAGUCAGCGCACGCGGGUGCGUGGCGUUCAUUCUUUUCAUUGGUCAGCACAGCAAACUAAGGGCGGCCCGUUGUCUUCGGUGGUGUCUGUGAAUCGUGUCCAUCAUCGUGCUGCGACUGCGAGCUCCUCGAACUUUUGCUGGGGUCCAAUUAUUUCAGAGAAGCUUGAAGCUGAAGGAGGUUACGCGAGACAGAAGCCCGAAGUCAUUUGCAGGCGCUUCCACUGAUGAAUGGCUGCGGCAGGCUUGGGCCCUCUUCUUGCUUUGGUGGAAGUUCUUGCGUGUGCGAGCAUUUACUCCCGCCGCAAUAGAUGCAUGCAUAGCGCUGAGGCUCUAGCUUAAUACAGCGAUGGGCAGCGCCAGCGGUGUCAGCCAGGUGGGGCCCCGUGGUGUUUAUCUGGAGAGAAGACAAGGUGGGAGACUUUGGGGGAGAUUGUUGCGUCGGGUGUUGUGUGUGAUCUUCCGGACUUUGUUCGGGUGAUCAAGUGCGCCGCGCUGCUUUGUCGUGUUAUAAUUUUGGGAGGAUGAGGCGCCAGCGGAUUGCCGUGCGCCGUUUGCGUUUGCCUCGUCGUGUUAUAUAUAACUUUAUGGGCUGGCGCGCUCUCUUGCAUUGCACAAAAACGACAGCGCAGAAACCCAAAACGGCGUCGGCUUAUGUUAAUUGCCGUGAAAAGACUCCACCAGCUGGGCCCGCUGUCGUUGAUUCUGCGUCUGUGGUUGAUGCUGUUGCCGCUGUCAGUCUCUUCCGGCGUUGCUGGUUUUUUUCUUGUUUUUUCUCUCUGUUUUUGUCUAUUUUUGCAUUAGGAGGAAGAAAAUGAGAAAACGACAGCGCCACAAUUUGCAAAGCGUGGAGCCCCGUGACGCAGACAGCCUGCGAACUGGUCAGAUUUCUUAGCUUUUUUCGAAGUGUUACUUAUCGGUUUUUGAGUGUUUGGGAAAAUGGCAGAAAAACAGCCGAAAAAUUAGACGAAUCAAGGCAAUAGGUGCGAAAAAAGCGUCUCAGAGUUUGGACCUCAAAACGGUCUGAGAGAAAAACACCAGCGCCACGGUGGCGGCAUGUGAACCCAUUUCCCUCCGGGUGUGAAGAGUCUGAAGCAUGGGGGUAGCGCGCUGUGAAGAGUGUCGUCGCUGCUCUGAAGGGACUGGUAUAUGAGCUCGCAAAGCGCCUUCCGAUUGUUGAAAGCGCCUUCCGAUUGCUGUUCAAUUUAUGGCGCUGCCGCUAUGGGGCUGUCGUUAAUCAUGAAGGCCGUUCGCCUGUGAUAUCGCCGCGGACUUUGUCACUCGAUUGCCCCCAAAGCUGGAAGGUUGUGGAAGUUGUGGCCCUUACUGUGACUGGCCUCGGGCUUCCUGCUACUGUGACUGGUCUCAAACUUGCUGCGACUAGUCUCGGGCUUUUUGUGACUAGUCGCAAAGAGUGUGACUAGUCGCAGAAUGGCUGCGACUAGUCUCGUUCUUCUUGUGACGAGCUUCGGCCUUACUGUGGCCGGCUUCGACUAGUCUCAGACUUACUGCGACGGCGACCAGUCUCGCGCCCAUUGUGACCAGCCCCGGACUUGCUAUGGCUAGUCUCUGACUGAGUUCGUCAGGCUGUUCGAAUCUUAACACCAUCAGAAGCUGGGGUCUGUGUGCUCUGAUGGUAUUAAGAUUCGAACAGCCUGACAAACUCAGCCAGAGACUAGGCGCGGCAGGUCUGAGGCUAGGCGCAAUAAGUUCGAGACCGGUCAUAGCGAUCCUCUCUUGCAAGGCUGGGCUGUGAAAGAAUUGCGGGGGCUCGGGUUUGUUAGCUUGAAAAUGAGAGAGAACGCGACCGGCGUGCUUGGGGUGUGACGAAGAUAGAACCUUUCUGGCAGAUUCUUCGAAAGUAUCUGAGGGGCCACGAGAUCGCCAGGGGAGUGCUGCGCUUGGAGAUGAAGACCCAGGCGAGACUUGGCCUUUCUAGUGCAUUAGGCUGGCUACAUAGCAGACCUUCUGACGGUAGGUAAAGGCAUGCCCUCGGCCUCGUCGUGUUAUUGUGUAUGGCUUUGGCCUCCACCACGAUAGAAGCCCGCGCCGCGCCACGCGGUGGCGUUGGUCGCUGUCUCAGUGAAUUUAUGAGGCGGGUGUCUUUUUACCUUCCCAGAGUGCUGCAGUGGGAUGAGUGAAAGAGCGGCGUAACCUUCUAAGAGCAAAACAAAGCCCACAGGACAAAAAUGUGAAGGGUCGUAGCUCCGCGUUGUUAUAUAUGAUUAUAACAGGGUGGAGUUUUGGGCCAUCUUCAGGGUAUGUGAAACUGACAGCCCCAGAAAGUGGCGCCAUUUAUAUUUAUAAAAAUCUUGCAGAUGUUGAUGCUCAUGAUCCCAGUAAAUAAAAGGACUGACGAACAAGGGCAAACACCGAAGAGAUCUUCUGUCGUGCGCUCUAAUGAUGGGCGGGCGGUCAAACAGAUGAGCACCUACGGUGGCUCCGGUGGCGGGGGUAACUACGACGCCAAUAAAUGUAAACAAUUUGAGGAUAGGACAUUCACGGAGGCUGCGGCGGUCUGCAAAAGUAAGGAUUAUGGUUUCGGGUUUUUCCAUAUCAUGCUAGCUGCAGCCCGUGAAAUGAGAAAUACUUAGUACUACUUCGUGUAGUGGAGGAUGCAAAACCUUUAGAGAUUGAUUGAUACUUAGGUUGUCAGCUUCCUAAUUUUCACGAGGGAGUAAUUCUUUUUAGGCUAUCAUCAUGAUACUUCCUACUCUUAGUGGCCUUCCUACCAGUAGAUCAAUUGCAUCAUCAAGCGCCACACCGUGCGUCGUGAAAAGUGUCACUGUAGAACCUUUCUACCUCUAUUUUGCGCACCAUUUACAACCAGACGAGAAGGGCUGACCCGCUAGUGCCGUCGGUGUGAGUAGCCCACAGCAUUCUGCUAUCUCGAAACUUACUAGAUUCACGGCUAAAAUUGUUAUUUUGGUGCUUCUUUCUUCUCUCCCCUCGCUCUUUUGUUCUUGGUUAGUAAUUUCUCUCCAGUAAUAUUAUUACUACUACUUCUAGUAGUCUUCCGGAUUAUGAUGCUUAAGGCCAGUUGAGCAGAUUCCAGAUCCCUCAUGUAGCUGUUUGGCAGAGAGUGCGUUCUCUACACCUCGUCUCAUCAUAUUCAUAUGUUCCUUUCUGUCUUUCUCUUCUCUCUCUGCUUCAUCCACUAAACCUUCUGGCACUUAUCUCACGCUUACUCCGUUUAUUUGGUGACGCGAAUCUUCUCGGCAAACCGCCUAAGAUUUCCCUGGCGACGACUCUUCCCCGCUAGUCUAGCUUGUUGCUGAGUUGUCAGGGGUCUUUCGUCUGUUCCUAUUGAUGUUUAUCCUGGUAAGUAUAAACAGAGAGAGCGACAGCUAGCAGGCUUCUGCUUUACUACUUUCUUGCGACCAGGAGAGGGCUCUAGCUAUUACUUGUUUUAGUUGUGCCCCUCUUGGUCUGAGGUCAGCAGUCAGCUGCCGCUUAAAGGUUGCGCGCGGUGCUCUUCUUCUCUUGUUGUUGCUGCAGUUUCCUUCUGCUGCGGAGUUCUUUUAUUUAAAGCAUUCCAAGCUCUUCAAAGCUAGGGCUUGUUCUAAAAACCCCUUCGGAUAUGCGUGGACCGGAAGGGGAUUAGGGAAUCUGAGGGCGCAGGCUGCAACCUGAACGGCAAACAGAUGUGGACGGCGCAGCCAUGUUUGCUUAAAGGAGGAAAAAAGUAGGUAGUGCACCUUUCUGUGAACAAUGCACUUGGUCUUGAUCCAUGAUCUCGAACUCGAAACCAAACUGGUUUUGUGGCAUCUAUAGGAGUGCUGACGAUACACUUGGACAGUCGACAUAAGAAAUUAAAAUUUACAGAAGCGGAACACGAAAACUAACAAAGUGAAAAUAGAGUAUUAUGGGAUCAUAUCAAUCUUUCUACGUACUGGAUACGUAAACUUGAAUCGAACUGGUCUGAUAAGAAACGUAAAUUCAUGACUGUGGUGCAAGACAAAGUGAAGAUUAUUCAAGGACGAAAAAGGACUUUCUUCUACGAUGAAAAUGCUCGUAUGCCACAUUUGUGGGGCUGAUUGCAAACGUACCAAUACUACUUGAGCUGCUAUUUCCGUAUAAUUAAUAAUAGUUAGGCAUUUUCAAAAAAAAUGAUGAUGAUCAUGAGGAUGAACUACCUCCAUCAUCUUCUGCUUCUACGCUACGUAUGAAUUCCGUAGGGGGGCAAGAUCUUAAGAACUCGACAGGCCUCCCCUGUAGCUCUGAUCUUGCUUGGUGAGCUUGAGGGGAUCCGGAAAGACCUCAAGGAGGGGCAAAACCGGCCACGUCUUUUGGUGCGUGAUCUGCGUGAAAUUAAGGGCGGACUGCCUCAGAGGGGGUCAUCGGUUUCAUGGGGGCCAUUUGCUUGGGAUCUCGCAGCCCUAUGGCGAUCCCUGAGCAUUAUCCGCAUGGCCUUUUUGCUCAGUGGUUUCAAGGUCUUGGCGUUCGUCAUCGCCAUCACAUGACACAGAGACAAGCUUACUAGAUCGACCGCCUACAUCAUGCGAGUGGGGUCAUCGAUGGGAAAACAGUCCCCGUUGCAAUUGUUACCACUGUCAGCAAAAAUUGUUUGCCGGCCAUCAUUGGCCUGGUCAUUUGGCUGAACAGAGGAACUGGAUCAAUGAUUAUUGUUAGCCUGCACCUGCACGGAUCUCCAGAGCGUUUCGCAGUGGCAUAACAUUGCACACCUUUGGCAUAGAUAUGACGGCUGGGAACUGGUUCAGGGUGGGAGAGGUUCCACCCUGGACCGGUUUGGGGUGGGAUAAAAUGAACUCGCAAAAACCUGUGCCAGGGUGGGAUGGGGGCCAAAUAAAGUGAAAAAAAUGCCAGCGUUCCACACUGAAGCAGAGCGCAGGCCACCCUGAGCCAGGUCCACCCUGGGCCGCUGCCUGUAUUAAUAAUGAGUGGGAUCCUCGAUGGCCGCGUCGCGCUUGCGGUUUUUGUCCUGCAGAGUGAAGUAAAAAAUUUUGUGGUGUUAAUCUUAUUGUUCUUGUUAAAUCAUGCAGCAACAAUCUAUUAUGAUGUAAGUAAAUGACGUCGGUACCACGCCAUCUUUAAUAAGAUGCAACCAACCACUUCGAUCUCGUAAUAUGAUAUCAAGAAAACAAAAGAUGACCAAGAAGAAGCUUCUUCUUACUAGACCAGUUCCCAAUAGUUUCUCCUGUCGCUGGUCUCAGUGCCAGCAGACGAAGAGAAAUAUGAUGAGAAUGAGUGUCCCCGUCUAAAUCUAAAAAAUCUAAAUCCCGUCUUAUAUUCUGUAAGUGCACUAGACUACGUAAGUAUUCAGAUCAUCCCGAGUAAGGUAUUCAAUAAAUAUUACAAGGAUUCAGGAAGAACAUACUAUUACCCACGACCCUUAGUAUUCACCGAAUGGACAUACAGUUGCUAGAUGAUGUUACAACUCCGUACAGCCUGUCCGUCGCACGGUGUAUCUUACAGUGUUCUCCGUUUUCCAUUCCAUCUCAACCGCUAGAGAUCUAACUCCAAACCCAGUACAACUCAAAAAUGUUAUAAUCAUGGGUCUCUUGUUCGACUUCACUUUCGCACUUCUACGUCGGUUUGCGCUGAUGUGUCUUCGUUUUUCCUUCCCCGCAGAUUAUGUUCCCUCGAGUCUCGACUAAUGUGGUUGAUACUGGCUAGCAGAUAUUAUGAAGGUGUGAAAUAUUGAAUCCGUGCCGAAGCUACCCCGCAAACAUACAGUAAAUCCCCGUCUAUCUUCUUGCUUCACGACUCACUUAUUGACGCGUAGUCCAACACUGACUCGUCCUUAACCUCGAUGAAGUUGGUCUAAAAAGUCAGAUUCAACACACUAGAUUGUGAAGAACAAGCAGCACUCUGAACCCAAUUGUUAUUGUGGAUUGUGGUUAUUGUGGACUGUGAAAACAUGAUAGAUAAGAAUCCGUGACGCAUGAGUUUUUGUUUAUCCGUUUUUGCAGC